GUCGAAAAAGAAGAAAACGACGUGACUGUUGUGGAAAUGGAAGAGAUUCCAGAACAAUCGCCACCAUCCAGUUCACAAUGCGCUCUUUGCACAUGCAGUAUUCCUGUUAAGUUAUCGUACAGCACUAAAAACUCAAAACAGAUCAACAAGUCAUACUGUUUUAGUGAUGUUUUGAUCCUUGAGCAGUUUAUGCGAGAAGAUGGCACCGUUCUUCCCCGCCAACUUACUGGGCUGUGUAAGAAACAGCAGUUGCGGCUUGAAAGAUGUGUCAUGCAAGCACACUGGGCUGGGCUCUUCCCAGACAAGACCAUUCCCGACUUCGAUAGGACUGGAUAUAAGCGAUUCAACAGAUAUUGGAACGAUGACAUGGAUAUGUAUCGAUUGAAAGAGAAACGAGAACCUGGUACCUGGUACUAUAUCAAACGGUAUCCAACGGGAAACCAGCCAGUACCUCAUAGGAAAGUCAAAAGACACUAA